AUUAUAUAUAUUUUAUCUGCUUGAAUCAACCGUAAUUGUAAGCCAAAAAGAAAGGAGGAAAAGAAAAGGAAAAAAAGAGGGCCUCUCGCCCUCUCUGCCUAUUAUGCGUCCUCUCAGAUCUUAGAUUGUAUCAAUUUUUCAUCUGGGUUGUCUUCAUUUGAAUGGGAAUGGACACUGGCAAGCUCUUCAUUGGUGGAAUUUCAUGGGAUACAAAUGAAGAACGACUCAGACAGUACUUCCAGAAUUUUGGAGAUGUGGUGGAAGCAAUGAUAAUGAAGGAUCGGACCACAGGGCGUGCUCGUGGUUUUGGAUUUAUUGUUUUUUCUGAUCCUUAUGUUGCUGAAAAAGUUGUCAUGGAAAAGCAUGUCAUAGAUGGUAGAACUGUUGAAGCAAAAAAGGCCAUCCCACGGGAUGAUCAGAACAUUUCUAACAGAAGCAACGGCAGCAUUCAUGGAUCACCCGGUCCAACCCGCACAAAGAAGAUAUUUGUUGGAGGCCUUGCAUCCACAGUUACUGAGAGUGACUUCAAGAAGUACUUUGAUCAAUUUGGAACAAUUACAGAUGUAGUUGUGAUGUAUGAUCAUAACACUCAAAGACCAAGAGGUUUUGGAUUCAUCACCUAUGAUUCUGAGGAAGCAGUGGAUAAAGUUCUGUAUAAAACAUUUCAUGAACUUAAUGGUAAGAUGGUUGAGGUUAAGCGGGCUGUUCCAAAGGAAUUAUCCCCGGGGCCAAGUAGAGGCCAAUUAGCUGGAUAUAGCUAUGGUUUAAGUAGAGUUAGUGGAUUUUCUAAUGGUUUCAUUCAGGGAUAUAGUCCUAGCUUGGUUGGAGGGCAUGGGCUUAGAGCUGAUGGCAGAUUUAGUCCUGUUACUGUUGGCCGAAACGGAUAUCCUCCAUUAAGUCCCAGUUAUGGGACAGGAUUGAAUUUUGAACCAGCAUUUAGUCAAAAUGGAAAUUCAAACUUGAGUUCUUCCCUUAUGUUAGGACGAGCUCUGAAUCCUUCAUACAACGGAAAUUCAAGCAGGUACCAUAAUGUCAUGGGGUAUAAUGGUACAGGUGUAGGAAACAAUUCAGCGAAUAAGAAUCUUUGGGGGAAUGAAAAUAUUAGCUUUGCUAAUAAUCCUGCAAAUUCUGAUGGUUUUCAUGGGUAUGGAAGUCAAAAUGCUGGCAUGGGUUCUUUUGGUAAUAUUGGAACACUGUGGAGUUCCUCCCCUAGUGCAGAUCAAGCUGGAACUGUUAUUGGCUCUGGCUAUGGUAAGGGCACUCUUAACUAUGGUUCUGGAGAUGUUAAUUUUAGGCCAAAAGCAGUAGGAUAUGGAAAACGUAGUGAAGCCAUUGCUGAAUCAGUGUCAUCAUAUGCUCUAUCCAAUGGCAAUUAUGACGGGGCAUACAAAGACAUUUAUGAAGCUGGGUCAUUUUUUGGUGACUACACCUGGAGAUCGUCACCUUCAGAACUGGAAGAUACUGAUGCUCUUGGUUAUGAUCUUGGAAAUGCUGUUUCAGAUUUGAUAAGCAAAAGCUCUGGUGGCCACAUUGGGGCAUAUGCUGUUGCCAAUAGACAAUCAAAUAGAGGAAUUGCUGCAUAGGAAGAUUGUGAGAUGGAUGUGUGGAUGUUACAGUGACGAAGAAUGUCUGGUGCAGAAGGUGACUGAAUAUGGAAAGCAUGGCUGAGAUUUUCCCUUUCUUCUUUGAGAUACUUUAGUUCUUCUAAAACUUCAUUAGAGCUAAUUGGCUUGCCUAUUUCGAAGAAAUUACGAAUGCCAAGAACUCACAAAGUGCUUCACUUUCAAGGAUUGAGCUUGAGUGAAACAUAGGUUUUCUUUGUAGGGGUUCUGAGUUGUAGAUGUAUAAUCAGAGGUUAUGGAGUUUGUUAGAAUUGCCAUAAAGAUGCUCACCUCCAUUGACAGAGCAACACAUAGAACUAGCAGAGACCUCUCUUUCUUUAUUCCCUUUCUUCCUUUGCUUUUCAAUCCUCUGUUUCUUCUUCCUUCCCACUCCUUUGGCUGUAGAUUUGAGUCAUGUUGACAGUGCUGGUCUGGUCUGUGUGUUCUUCUGUUUUUCUCUUCACGUGUUCAGUGUUUUGAUUUCACAGACUGUACGAAAUACUUUGUUGAUUUAUCAGUGUGAUAUUAUUAUCAAUGGAUGUUCA